AUGCGCUGGGUGUGUCGCGUUCUGUUUCUGUCGCCGCCAAAUUCAAACCGAGAAGAUACAACGGAAGACUGCGGAAUAUCAACCACUGAGGGCUCAACCUUUGGUUUAGACAUGGAUGGUGUGGGGAAAGCAAUGGUGGGUAUGUGGCGUGCUCACACAGCCCUGGAUGAAUCUGACGCAGACUGCUCUCCAGAAGCACCAGACCGUUUCCGGAAGCAGCGCUCCUCUUCUUCCCUCAACAGUCUGAGGAUGUCUCUGAGGAAGCGUCUCCCUCUGCGGAGUGUUCAGACCAGCUCUCUUCCUGAGAAUCCCACCUGGGAAAACCUAAAAGAGGAAGCAAAACCCAGCAAGGUCCAAAGGCUUUCCAGGAGUGCACGAAAUUCUAUCACAGAUGUCUAUCAGAAAUUUCAGAGAUCCAGGGAGUUUUCUCAUGAGAACUGUUUAGUAUCAACUCCGGGACGUAUCUGUGAAGACGACGAGCCAAGCACUUCAGCCGCUCGCACCCCAAAACGCAUCCCACACAGAGCCACGACCCCCAGGCGCACUCCCAGAGCUGCCACACCGGGUCGCACUCCGGGAUCCAGGGCACGAAAGACUCCAGAAGCGAGUGUUCGUGGUGUGAAGACCGGAGGAGGCAGGCGGCAGCUGGUUCGCAUGGCUGCUCUGCGGAGCCCUUUCGCAUCUCCAAACACACAAAACCAGAAGAUUAAGUUUGACAAAGAUCUUGACACGGUCUCGAGUGGACUAAGGAGGCUCAAACACCUCUCCAGGGCCUUUGAUGAGCUGAUCGGCCGAGAUGACAGAUCUAGUUCAAAGGAGAGUUGUGGAGGUAUUGUGAUGAGAAAGUUGGACCCGAGCGGUAAACUCUGUCGCUCAAACCUCACUCGUCGUGCAGCCAGCGUCUCAAACACAUUGGGAGGCUGGGCACAGAUGGCUGCAAACACAAUAUGUAAACACAACUAA